UCUCUCUCUUCCCCUGUUUUUAUUCUCCUAUUUAAACAAGUAUCCUUCUCCUCUGUUCUUAAAGCAAUCUUAAAUCUCUUCCUUCUCUCAUAAGAAAUACAGAUCAAGAAAGAAAGAAUCCAUCCAUGGCGUUGUUGAAGGUUUCAAGUACAGACGAUCUUCAGAAUCAUCAUCAUCACGACGAUGAAAAUGUUCUUCAAAAGCAUGUUGCGUUCUUCGAUCGCAACCAUGACGGUGUUAUUUAUCCAUGGGAAACCUUCCAAGGAUUACGAGCUAUUGGCGCCGGUAUUUUACUUUCCUCCUUCGCCGCCGUUUUCAUCAACGCCGGCCUCAGUCGGAAAACUCGACCUGGAAAAUUUCCGUCUCUCCUAUUUCCUAUAGAGAUAAAGAACAUAGAGAAAGCCAAACAUACAAGUGAUUCUGGUGUAUACGACACUGAAGGAAGGUUUGUGGCAACAAGGUUUGAGGAGAUGUUCAACCAGCACGCCCUAACAUAUCCCGACGCGUUAACUGGCGAUGAAUUGAAAGCAUUAUUGCAUGCGAAUAGGGUUCCCAAAGACUAUCUUGGAUGGGUUGCGGCUUAUGCGGAGUGGAAGGUUUUGUACAUUCUGGGGAAGGAUGAGAAUGGAUUAUUGAAGAAAGAUUCUGUAAGAGGUGUAUAUGAUGGAAGUCUCUUUCAGAAUAUGGAAGAAGGGAUCAGAAAGAAGAAGGAAAAGAUGAAUUCUUAAAUUGCCAAAUUGCCAAAUUGCUCUGCCUUUAUUGUUUAAAUAUAUAUAUAAUCCACAUUUAGAGGAUUGUUUAAGUAACUUAUAGAAUUGAUGUGUUAUUUGUAUACAUUGUGAAUUAUUAUUGCUAAUAAUUGUUGAUUUGUUUGUAUGAAAAUGUGAAGAAUCAAAUAUAUUGUGAAGUAUUUUCUUUUAU